GCUAGGAACCUUCCUCCCCGGUGCUUGUUUCCCCUGGUGGAGGCGGACGAGUCGCUGAAGGAGCAAACCAAAAUGGCGAGCCAAGAGGAGUCAGUGAGGGAGUUCGUCGCUGUUACAGAUGUGGACGAGGAGAGGGCCCGCUUCUUCCUGGAGUCCGCCGGCUGGAACCUACAGCUUGCACUCGCCAGUUUCUUUGAGGAUGGAGCUGAUGACGACAUAGUGACGCUUCCUCAACCUGAGUUGGGCUCCUCAGUGUCCCGAUCUGCUGGGCCAAGCGCUCAGCCCAGAGUGACCUCCUUCAGAGAUCUGAUGCAUGAGGCAGAGGAGGAGAGUGAUGAGGAGGAAGGCCAAAGGUUUUUUGCGGGGGGAUCAGAGCGCAGCGGGCAGCAGAUCGUUGGGCCUCCCAAGAAGAAGAGCUCCAAUGAAGUGGUGGAGGAUUUGUUCAAGGGGGCCAGGGAACAUGGGGCUGUGCCUCUGGACCGGCCUGGGAGAGGGCCAGGAGAGUCCAGCAAAGCCAAGGCUUUCAUUGGUGGAGGCUACAGGCUAGGAGCAGCUCCCGAGGAGGAGUCAGCCUAUGUGUCUGGAGAGAGGCAUGGUGCCAAAAGCCAGCAGGAUGUACACGUGGUGCUGAAGCUGUGGAAGACGGGUUUCAGUCUGGAUAACGGUGAGCUCAGAAACUACAGCGAUCCUGGAAAUGCCAACUUCCUUGAGGCGAUCAGGAGGGGGGAGAUUCCCCUAGAGCUGAGGCAGCGGUCUCGAGGGGGCCAGGUCAACCUAGACAUGGAGGACCACAGGGACGAGGACUUCUCCAAACCCAAGAUGGCCUUCAGGGCCUUUGGAGGCGAAGGACAGAAGUUGGGAAGUGCCACCCCAGAGUUGACUACAGCUCCGGCCACCUCCCAACAUGACCAGUCUGCCAACGAGGCCGAAGCCACCGCCUCUGUGUCCCUUGACUCCUCCCAGCCCGUCACUAACAUUCAGAUCCGACUGGCCGACGGCGGCAGGCUGGUCCAACGAUUCAACCACACCCACAGGGUGUCUGACAUUCGCCAGUUUUUGGUGGGGGCCCGGCCCGCCAUGGCCGCCAGGGAGUUUGUUCUCAUGACCACCUUCCCCAACAAGGAGCUGACGGACGAGAGCGAGACGCUGGAGCAGGCCAACCUCCUCAACGCUGUCAUCGUCCAGCGACUAAAUUGAGGGGGAGAGUAAGAGCACCCUCCCCCUUUCCCUCCCCCCCCCGGUGGUGUGGCUGAGUAACGGCAGCCCUGUGAAACCUGCUGCCCCUUCUGAGGGAGGAGAAAACACAGACUUAUGAUGUAUGGACUUCUAAUUUCUGAUUUUUGUUUUUCUAAAGUACAACAUAACAUUCUGCCCCCCCCCCGCCCCUCCCUGGUCUGUGGUCUGUGAUGGGUGGUAAUGACCCAAAGACCCAGCAGCAGUCCAGCUCCCUGCACAGAUGUUCACUAACCCGGCUCUCCCUUCCUUUAACUUGCUCCCAAACUUUUCCUCUUCUAUUAACCUUAAUGUGGCCCCUUCAGCUAUGUUUACUAUCAGCUGCUGGGGCCUCACCAGACCCAUGCAGCGGCAGACUCGACAGCACAAACCAGAACCACAUAAGGAAUACUAGUCUUAUUAAGGUAGAAGUACACAUUGAUAAUGUGGUUUUGUACUAGUUUCCAUUUCUCUCCACAUAUUGGUUUUGGAGAGAGAAGUGUAAUAGUGUAACAAAACUCUGAGGGGAUCCGAUACCAGUAGCCUUACGCUCCGUUAUUCACCUCCAGAACCACACCUGUCCCUUUGCUCUAAUGAAGAUGGAAUUAUUUUUUUAAACUGCCUCUCCCCCCUCCCCCCCAUUUUUUUCCUUUACAGACUGUAGGAUUGUCCCAGAUAGACAGUGGCAUUUUGAUAUUGUGUAACAUAAAAACCGUUACACAUGGCUUUAUUGUCAAACCAAUGGUUGAGCAAAAGAACAUUUAGAUUGUAAACACUGGUUUGUAGAAGUGGAAGUUGAAUUCCUUUGACACACUGACAUCUUCUAUGCAUCCUGGGGCAGAACGCAGAAAAAUGUUUGGACCUCUGGUGAAAUAAAUCCAUUUUAUGGUUGAUGUAUAAAGAA